UGGAGAGCUGGGGUGAGAGUGCAUGCUAUUACUGGAGCAGUACACCCCAUUGAUUCUGAUUACGCUUAAGGCUAUGAGUUGAGCCCUGCAUUAUGCACUGGUUGAGGAUUAGACUUUCAUGGAUGCAAAUAAGCUGGAUUGCUCAAAAAAUUUCAUUUGUAGUUUGUCCACUCUAAACGCUUUAAUUCACAGAUAAGAUGGUUCCUUCUUCCUCCUCCUCCCUCCUCUCAUCUCAUUCUGAUGCCGCAUUGAUGCACAUGACAGUAACGUCUUACCUUGAAAAUGCUAAAUAUGCAGCAUUGCUAUUUGUGGAGUUUUCUCUCGUAAUGCUUAGUUUGUGAAAGCGAGAGAGAGAGAGACCAACUGAGAUUCAGUGUCUUAAUUCCAUCUCUGCUAACACUACUCCAUGCGCGUCCCUAAUCCGACCGGCCUGUUAAAAGGUGCCGCACCUCCUCGGGGGUUUACAGAGCACAUCUUACUUGCACAAAAUCCACCCAUCCAUCUGUUUUGCCCCCAUUUGCACAUCAGCUACACAGCAAGGCUCCUUCACAGUAUUUUAUUUUGAGAAGAGGCACUGAUUGUUGUAUCUAGAGUCAAGGUCUCAGAGGAAGACAAACCAUCACCAACAGCAGCCAUGAAUGGCACAGAGGGACCCAACUUUUAUGUCCCCAUGUCUAACAAGACUGGGUUGGUUCGCAGCCCAUUUGAACACCCUCAGUACUACCUGGCUGAGCCCUGGAAGUUCUCUCUUCUGGCUGCAUACAUGCUGUUCCUCAUCAUCACUGCCUUCCCCAUCAACUUUCUAACCCUCUAUGUCACUGUCAAACACAAAAAGCUGCGAACGCCUCUGAACUAUGUGCUGCUCAACCUCGCAGUAGCUGACCUCUUCAUGGUCGCUGGGGGCUUCACAGUCACUCUCUACACAUCGCUACAUGGAUAUUUUACCUUGGGUGUCACUGGAUGCAACAUUGAAGGAUUUUUCACCACUUUGGGAGGAGAGAUUGGUCUCUGGUCUCUGGUGGUUUUGGCUAUUGAGCGCUACAUUGUCGUCUGUAAGCCAAUGACUAACUUCUGCUUUGGGGAAAAACAUGCCGUUGCUGGUCUGGCUUUCACAUGGAUCAUGGCCCUGACCUGUGCUGCACCUCCUCUGUUUGGAUGGUCCAGGUAUAUCCCAGAGGGAAUGCAGUGUUCCUGUGGAAUUGACUACUACACUCCCAAGCCUGAGGUCAACAGCGCCUCAUUCGUCGUCUAUAUGUUUAUUCUUCAUUUCUCCAUCCCUCUCUUCAUCAUCUUCUUUUGCUACAGUCGCCUGCUCUGCACUGUGCGAGCGGCUGCAGCCCAGCAGCAGGGGUCUGAAACCACCCAGAGAGCAGAGAAAGAAGUGACACGCAUGGUUAUUGUUAUGGUAAUCUCCUUCCUGGUGUGCUGGGUGCCUUAUGCCAGCGUGGCUUGGUACAUCUUUGCCAGUCAGGGAGCUCAGUUUGGGCCAGUAUUCAUGACUGCUCCGGCUUUCUUUGCCAAGAGUGCCGCUCUCUACAACCCAGUCAUCUACAUUCUGCUAAACAGACAGUUCAGAAACUGCAUGAUCACCACAGUGUGCUGUGGAAAGAACCCCUUUGGAGACAACGAUGCCGCUGUGGUCUCCAAAACCCAGACUUCAUCUGUUCCUUCCAGCCAGGUGGCCCCCGCUUGAUCUGUGCCCCUCAAUCUCCUCCUCCUCCUCCCUGUCCCAUCUGUCCCUACACACCUAGGGAUCCACCACUUGCAACCAGCACUACGGUCCAUUGGCUAGUUGUCUUGACUUACCUCUCCACAACCACGCCUUCGGUAAGACUGAACCAGCAUGUGCAUUUUCAAUCCAUUUAAUCAUGAAGAAUGUUCAGCUGGUUUCGCAGAGUUAACCUGGCAUGAAUGGGGUGUUGUCUCUGUGACAAUCCAUCUGAACACAUUCCAGGCUCCCCACUGCACACAAAAAACGCUCACACACACAACAGGCAAAAAUCUAACUCGACAAAUGAUGAUUUCAGCCACAUCCGCUCUUAUAUGGCAAAUCAUUUAGCAUUUAUUUGAUAUCCUUGAUAUCAGAUGUCAUUUUUCCUCACUAGUUCGGUCUUUGUCAGCACUAGUUGCACACGUUUGCACAUAGUUGCACAUCUGGUUGCACUAAUAGGACAUUUUGUCAUACUAGUUGAACAGAAGCUCUUACUAGUCGCUCUUUUUCAGCAACUAUUGGCACUUUUGUCCAACUAGUCAGCUUUUUUACACACUAGUGGCCCUUUGAACUAGUAAUGCUGAAAGUCUUACUAGUUAACUAGUGAACUGCAAAAUCUCUGGCAUGUUAACUAGUCAAGCAUAGAUUGAGGUCACUACUUAACUAAUGAGAGCCAAGAUGCUCACUAGUUAACUGGUGAAGCCCAACAUGCUGAGUAGUUAACUAGUUAAAGCCACUUUGACCUUACUAGUUAUCUAGUGAGACUCAAAAAAAUUUGUAAAUGUUUUGUACCUUACUAAUUAACUAGCUCAGUCAAAAUGCCUCUCACUAGUAUAACUAGUGGAUAGUUUGGACCUCACUAGUGAGUCUUAGUUAAAUAGUUAGUCACUUUGACCCUAACUAGUUAACUAGUCAGCAUGUUGGUCUUCACUGGUUAACUAGUGAGCAUUUAUGCUCUCACUAAACUAGUAAACAUUUUGAACCACACUAGUUAACUCCAUCCAUCCAUCCAUCCAUUUUCUUCCGCUUAUCCGGGGCCGG